ACAAACUUGCAGAUCUUUCAGCUUCGGCUCACUUCAAUUAAUGGAAUCGUGAUAUGCAGGACCGUCCACUCCCAAACAUUCAACGCAUCGAGUACCGGUUGCACUAACACAUGUCAUGACUUUUCAACUCAGUCCUCAUAGCCACUCUUCCUCCUCAGCUCAUGGCCCUUUUUCUGUAGACCUUCAUUAUGCACCAGCUUCCCUAUGCCUUCCAAGGUCUGGCCGCGCAGUGAGUCUACCCGCCAUCACAAUGAGUAACUUACAUGCCAAAAAGUUUGGGGAUCCCUUACCUUUCCGGAACUCUCCUGUUUUGUUACCGUGGCCUGCCCCAUCGGUCAUUCCCGAGCCGUGCUUUGCUUCGCUAGCCGAGACUGAACUGGCGACGCGCUGCUUGAGCGACAGAUCUGUUGUUUGCUAGUAGACAAUGUCAGCGUCGCCAAUACCGAGGCAUGAUUCGUAUCAUACAUCUGCCAUGUUGGGAUCUGUGGGCUAGUAGAGAGCUAAAUCGAAUCGAUGUUUCUCCAGUAAAGAGAUCAUUGGAAGGGUGCAGCCGUGUCAUCACUCACCCGGAGCUUGCCAGAAUUGCUGC